UAGUCUGCUCCGGGGCUGCUGGAUGCUCCGUGAUGGAUGAGGAGUGACAGAUCGGGGUUAGCCGCCAGGGGAGUCCAUUUUCUUCCAGCGCAAGAGAGAAGAGAAGAGGAGGUGAGAGACAGGACGCCGAGGAGGAAGGGACGAGAAACAGACCGAUUUCCACCCCUCCUCUUUCCCUCUCUGUCACUCUCUCUCUCCUCUCUCUCUCUCUACUCCUGUGCAUCACAACCUAGUGGGCUUUACCCGGACUGCACCGCAUUGACGCUGCUGCUGCUGCCGCCAGCCGACCCAACCCACUAAACUAACGCACUGACAAACACACAGAGAGAGAGAAUCGGUCUUUUUUGGGUGCUAUUACCCGCAGCUGGAAACUGGAUGAUGUGCGGAUUGUGUGCGUGGGUAUGCAGCAUUUCCCUCUCUUACUCUCUUUGCUUCUUUCUCUCUGGAUCCGGAGUCUGAUUCGCAGUCCUGCACGGUAAUGUCAAGACUUUGGAAACGGGAGUGACUCGUGGAGGAGAUUACUGCAUAGUGCACGACAAGAAAUUGGGAUAGGCUAUAACUUACAAGUUUGCAGAGCUCCCACCAUGAAUGUAGCUCUUUACUUGAAAUCGUGAGCUCCCCCCUGUGCUGUGUCCAACAUGGGUGUUGACUGAAUGGGAGAGUAUCCCCGCGCUGCCACUGAGGUAUGAGGAUGCACUUGUGAGGAUUAAAACUGCGCUCAAUAAUUCCUGGACCAUGCAGAUUCUGCAGACUAGGACGUUAUUUAUGUUAUUAGCCCAUGCACAUGUAUUAUUAUCUCUAAGAAAUAAUGGAGAAGUACGAACUAAAGAGUACGGUAACACCAGCGCAUACUCUGCCAGGACUUCCCAUUGGUCACUCCGGGAGAGUCAUCAAACUAAAGCCAGGGACCGUGCGCUCUCGCCGGGGUACGCCACAGGUGCGUCCUCGGCGGAACUGCAGGCGCAGCGGACGAUUAUCAGAGGGACCCUUAACUCCACUCACCCCUGGAAAAGGGUAAUUGCAGAAGAAACGUGGCGAAUUGGACACAACAAACGCGAAUUCAGUAGGACUGUGACACCCGUGGAGGAUCCCAACGCUGUCUCACAUUGGGGCCCGACGCGCCACCAUAAUAAGAGGAUAAAGUUGAAUGGCGGUUUUAGUAGUACGGGGACGCCAGCAGGUGGACACUACAAUGCGCCUAAGCCCUCUUCAAUGGGCCGGGGAGACGGAGGAGGGGGACUCGAAGAGGGCGACAGGCACAAGAGAGGCACAAAAGACGAGCAGAAGAAAGCCUGGAAGAGGGGGAAAACAAGGCUGAACAAAAGCUCAGUGGUUUUGGCUCAGCCUCACGCGUCGCCGUGGGAACCCAUCCCCAAGCCGGUGGCCCUCACCUCCACCGACGUGCCCUUUGACCUCUUCACCAGGAGGACCGAGGUCUUCACUUUCAGAGAAGAGAACCCCUGGGACGCCACGCCGAUCACCCCUCCCAGUUCGCAGGAUUUCGGGGACGAGAUCAAGAACCCUUUUUACCCGGUGACAAGUGAGACUUACGGCGCUUACGCGAUCACGUGCGUCUCCGGGGUUAUCUUCCUGGUGGGGAUAGCUGGAAAUAUCGCCAUCCUGUGCAUCGUGUGCCAGAACUACUACAUGAAGAGCAUCUCCAACUCCCUGCUGGCCAAUUUGGCUGUCUGGGAUUUUGUGCUCAUCUUCUUCUGCCUGCCCAUGGUGGUUUUUCAUGAACUGACAAAGUCCUGGCUGCUGGGUGAAUUCACCUGCAAAGUGGUGCCCUAUGUGGAGGUGGCCUCCCUUGGUGUGACCACCUUCACCCUGUGCGCUCUGUGCAUCGACCGCUUCCGUGCGGCCACCAAUGUCCAGAUGUACUACGAGAUGAUCGAGAACUGCACCUCCACUACUGCUAAGCUAGCCGUCAUCUGGAUCGGUGCUCUCCUGUUGGCCCUCCCAGAGCUCCUCAUUCGACAGCUGGUGGCAGAGGACACAGGAAUCCCAGACGAGCCUCCCGUUGAACGCUGCAUUAUCAGGAUAUCCACCUCACUCCCUGACAUGCUCUACGUACUGGGCUUGACCUAUGAGGGUGCUCGGCUGUGGUGGUGCUUCGGCUGCUACUUUUGCCUCCCCACCCUCUUCACCAUUGGGUGCUCAUUGGUGACGGCACGCAAGAUCCGGCGCGCAGAGCAGGCCAGUGUGCGCAGCAACAAGAAGCAGAUCCGGCUGGAGAGCCAGAUGAACUGCACCGUUGUGGCGCUGGCGAUCGUCUACGGUGCGUGCGUGGUGCCUGAGAACAUCUGCAACAUAGUUUCUGCGUAUAUGGCAGCUGGUGUUCCUGAACACACCAUGUCUGUCCUCCAUCUUCUCUCCCAGCUGCUGCUCUUCUGUCGGGCCGCCGUGACGCCGGCGCUGCUGCUUCUCCUAUGUCGCCCGCUGGGCAGGGCCUUCCUGGACUGCUGCUGUUGCUGCUGCUGCUGUAACCACACGCCCUCCUCGGCCACGGCCAGUGACGAUAACGAACACGAGUGUACCACCGAGCUGGAGCUGUCGCCGUUCAGCACCAUCCGCAGGGAGCUGAGUAACUACACACCUGCCGGCUCCAACUGCUAAACUGACAUUCCUCAUCAGGGAUGGAGAUUUCACUAGCCUGCUAUUAGCCUUUGGCUAGUAUUUCUCAGACUCGGCUAGGAGAGAUUUGCCUUACCUAGUCUAGUAAUAUUUUUAAAUGGGUGCAUGAAUAAUGUUGGACACUGAAUAAUCACAGUCAGCCAGUGUCCUAAAUCCUCAACUUUGAUUUCUUACAAUAAAACUGUACAUUUACAGUAACUGUAUAACACUUAUUUUCCAGGAAAGCUAACAAAAAGCAAAAUCAUCUUUUCACUCAUGCCCUGGGGUGCUCUUUAAACAGGGUCAGUACAUAUUUUUAGCAAUCCUGCCUGACACCUUUAAAACUUACGAACCUCCCUGCUGUAGACCUUGAAUGCCUAAGUAUCUUUUGACAGUUGGGAUGGCCUCUUAACCUGUCUGAUGUCUGGUUCCUCACAAGAGGUUUGAAUCAGGUUAAUGUCUUUAAAUUACCUUAUUCUGAAGCAGAAAAACUGAGCAGAAAAAAACUGCUGUGUUUCCCACAGGCCUCAUGCUAUUAGUGACAGGGAAAGGUCAUAAUAUUUAUAUUGUACAAUGUACAUAGGGACAUGACUGUACAGAAUAUGUUCUGUUAAAAUUACUAAAACAGUUUGUGAUGAUAAAUGUAUUUGGUCAGCAUAAAUAAUAUUUAUGUAUGGGAAACUCUGUACUGUAUAUCUUAAGGGAAAAAUAAUCAUUGCCAAUUACCUUCUAAAUGUGUUAUGGGAACUUGGCUAAUUAAUCAUAGAGUGCACCCUUGUAUGAUAACUCAAAUACAGCAUCCACCUAAACAUGUGGGCUGACACUGCCUAUAGAAAUACAGGACUAAGUUUACAGACUACAUCAGCUGUAAAUGUACAGUUCAUAUAAUGCUGCACAAAUGGGAACAAGGCUUACGAUAAUUAAACUAGUGCAGGGCGUCUCUGCAGUAAUGACAGUUUGCAAGAGGAGAACACAGAGAGGAGUGUGGAUUGGAGAAUCCAAAUGUACACAACAACACUUAGACUGUAUAUUGAAAAAUAUCCAGUUGACUCAAACAUAACUGGGCUGGUCUCAGAGAUACAUAAACACGGACGUGAGUGGAAUUAAAAGGUUUGGAAUGGACUAAUUGAAAUCAAAUUAGAGUUGAAUGGAAGUGAAUCAAACACUACAGAUUAUAUUGAAUCGAGUGAAUAUGAAUUGAGUGGAAAGUAAUGGAACAUAACACCGUGGAACAUAAUUGAAAGGGAUGGACUCAGCAUGGACUGGACUGAAAAUAAAUAUCUGCACUACACUGUUGUGUCAUGUUACGCCUUACACUUUGGGCUGUAUAUAUACUGUACAGUUUCUUUGGUGCUCUUAUGAUGAAUGCGCUGUAAACAACAAAUCCAUCGGUUUGACUUAGAUUUGCAAGUACUUGAGCUGCAUACUAUGUUUUUGGUCAAGAAGACAGAUUGCGGUUAUUUGUGACUCUGGAAUACAUGAACAAUAGUGGGGUAAAAGGAAAAAAAAAUCAAUGUACAGUUUCACUGAGCUGCCAUAGACAGUUUAUAGAGAUCGCCUGAAUCUUUGAGUAUAAAUACUGCCUUUAUUAAGAGUGAUGGUUAUUUGACGCCUAAACUACAAGUAUGGCAGCACUUUAUUUUACAGUACAGUAAUUACUCAGUGUUUACUAGGUCACUGGUAUAUACUGAUAAAUGAAACACUAAUUACUGAACAUUGUAGAGACUUCAAUAGAUGCAAUAAUUAACUAAUAUCUACAUAUUUUUAUUAUUACAUUGGUACAGAAAUAUAAUUAAUGGUAGUUAGUCCUGUUAUGUAACAUACUAACAGGGACAGUAAUUAUCAAUCGUUUACUGGGUAAUUACAACAUAUUAUUAGAUUAUUAUUACAAAAAAGUGCCAAUACUGCAUAAUUGCAUUGUAAAUACAACUGCUGGACUGUAAAUAUAAGGGGAAUUAUAUAUUUGUACCAAUUAUCACUGCAAAGUUGAUAGUAAAUACAAAGUAGCUGUUUCAAGUAGCUGUUAUUUAUUUACAAGUAGCCUACUGAACUGUAAAACAAAGUGCUACCACAAGUGUGUACAUUAACUUGAAGGCAAGACCACAACUGACCGUUCGCUCAACCCCACCUCCGAACAGUGAUCCAAUCAUAACUUAGCAACCAUAACUAGGCAGGUCUGUCGCACUUUGUAUUUCUCCUCAUUCUAAAGUGGUGUCAUGAGUGGGCUCAAGCAAGAGUUUCGGCAUUUAAACAGUUUGAAGAGUGGUGUCUUUUUUUCUAGUCUUCCAAAACCAAAAACACAAGAUCAAACAGGUAAGGAAUGGAUUAAACAGUGUGUUUAUCUGUAACAUAUAGCGGAAUCAUUAGCAUGUCUGGCUCACUAACCUACUACCUACAGGAUGGAUGCUGUCAGAGUUUAGGGUAAUGUUAGCGGCUCUGUCCUACUCCCAGUCAUUGUUACCCAAGCGUUACAUUUACCAAACACAUUGGUAAGACUUCACCCCAAAAGCCUUUUCUCUAAUAAUGUUAAAAGUGAAAACAUACUGUUUGAAAGUACAAACAACUAUGUAAGCUAAGCAGUCAAACAUGAUUAUGUUACAAUAAAAUGAUAGUCCAAUGUUACUUUGUUUUUAUCAUACUUAUAAUAGUAGGACUAACUAGCUCUACACAGCAACACAAGAAAAAUGUUGCUUAUUCAUUUACAUGUCUUCUACAUGGAUCAUCACCUCUAGUGAGAAUGCCGCCUUUAUGCUAAGGGCCUGUUUGCUUUCGCCUUAGUCUUUCAGUACAUAAUUAUGUAUGUAGCCAUCAAUUUAAGACUCCUUUUAAAGGGUUUUUGUUUCAUAAAUGAGUCAGAAAGAAAGAUUAAAAAAGUCCACUGGACAUGCGUUUUCAACCAACACACGCUGCUAAGUUAGCUUAGUUAGCUAGCUAGCUACAGCUAAUAAAAUCUUCCAGCGACAGUCGUUAGUUCAGCCGGCAAAAUCGACACUUGCCAGCUAGAAAAGAGAGGCAGUUCUUGUCUACUUCUGUCUGAAAUGAAGGACCCAAUGGUCAAAAAUUACUAAGAAUUUUGAGUGUAAACCUGCCACUGCUUUCAUUGUGCCGUGCGAGAAUAGAAAGCUUGAUAGGCAUAGCAACAGUAAGUAAAGGGGGUGGGGCUUUACGGACAGUCAAUUUUGCAGCGUAAAAAAAAGUCCUGCUUCUUGACCUCAUAUACCUUUUGCAGUUUCAUUACUUGAGUUUUUAAGGAGAACGAAUGAAAUGUUUUUCAGUGUAUAAAUUUACAAGUGUAUUGUACUGUAAAUCUGUUUUCUUAAUCCUAUCAAUCAGACCUGAGUCAAAACAAGGUUCAAACCACUUUUUACAACUUAAUACAAUGCAGGUAAUUGAAGAAAAACAGCCCAAACAUUUGGUACAUAUGGUAUUAUGGCAGAGGUGUGUAGAGGGCUUCUGCGGAUGACCAAAAUAACGCAUACAAGCCUUUAUUUUGUUUGUUAAAGUUAAGAAAAAAUUCAAUUUCUUUAAAUAUUUAUAUCUAAGAUUAAUGGUGGUGAACUCUGUGUUGACCCAGGUGUGAUGUUCAUUGGUAUACUGUAUAUUGCGAUGAAUCUUUUGCAUACGAUUCUGCACUGCCAAACACCUUCUCUCUGUCUGUCUCUUGUGCUCUUGUGGUAGUAGCACACUAUCUCUGGGUGUCUCUCUUAGCAUGGAGGUCAAUUUGCCCUCAGGUCCAUCAAAACAGGAAGAGGAAUAUUACUAGAGAACAUAAAUCACAUAAGGUUUGACAGCACCCAGGGCCAGUCAUACUCAGAUUAUACCCAUUCACUGUAGUGAGAAACUGCGGAUAAAGGGUGUUUUUUUCCUGCCACAGUUUGAGGCAGCAACUGGAAUGAACUCCAGUUUAUGAGUUCCAAGAGAUCCAGGUGCAUGUAGCCUUUGGUUGACACUGCCUGCAGUUCUUCAAGUUAAUAGAGGGAAUGGGAAGGAACUUAGCAGCACUGCAACACAAUGCCCUGCAGCCUGUUUGACAACUCUUUUUAUUACCAUCACUAUAAGGGUAUUGUGGGCCAAUCUGUAAACCUGUCCAGGGAGUAUAUAUGCCCUUGCACCAGCCAAGUUUCUACCAUAAAAUCACGUCAAGAACUUGGGAAGGGAGCUGAAGUCUGGAUUUCCCAUCUGUUUUUUGAUGUGACAUAAGUGUAAACUGAUCUCCUGAAUCUGAUUAUCUUUUUCUGCAUAUUUCUGGGAGUAUAGCUCAUUCUAAAUGGCUCCGUGUGUAGUAACGUGGUUCAAACUAUUGAUGAAGUGAUUCUUGUAAAUCAGUCAGUAAGACGUUUAUUCUGAAUUUUGUGAGUAUCCUCUUCACUCUGAGCAAAUUGUGUCUGUAUUUGAUACCUGAAAAUGUAAGCACACAACCACUAUUGUCUCUAAGUCUAGUCACUGGUUUCUGAAUAGCUUUUUAUAUAGCCAAAAAACUGUCCCUUUGAUUAUUAAAGAACUUUAUCUUGAAAACUGAUAUUAAAAUCCUAAAUGUAC